UGGGCCUCCAGCACACGCAUUACACUGCAGCAUCUUGUGAGGAAUGGAUCCACGCAGAGCGCAAGCGAAUCUUCGACGGUUCGAAUAGAUGUGCUCACAAUGUUGCUAUUGUUUAGUGGAAAGUGUAGAAGAAUACCGAGUGUUUAAUAACAGUAAUUGUUUACUGGAAAUUCGUUUAUAAAAAUUAAUCAAAACACGGGACCGAGAAGGCCGCAGUGAGUGCUGAACCAACCAUCCGUAAAGGCAAAUGAGUGCGUGUUGCGUCAACUUAUCAGUGUGCGACAGUUGAGUGGAUCGUGCUGCUCAUCUGUAAUCAUCUAGGAAAAUCAAAUAUCUGAUAGCGCAGCUCCCAUGUAAUACGAAGCAUCAUGAGAGAGACUGGAGCAGUGGAGCAGCUCGUGCGUGCGCGGUUCAAAGCGCGGUAUGCUGGCUGUAGGAAUUUGGCCACACCGCAGGUUUGGUUUACCUCGAAAAUGUUCCUAACAACCUGUGUGUGGCUACUGUUGGCAAGUGGACCGGUUGUGUACCAGCCGGUUGCUGGCCAGUACAUAAGCUCACCCUGUCCGGACAUUUUCUCCUACCGGAUGGAUCCGGCCACCGACACACCGUUCGGAUAUGUCGAGCUGCAGAAUUUGCGCAUCGGCCAGCUAGUGAAGCUGAACGUGGAUCUGUCGAUUGCCGUCGCUGUUCCGAAGGACAACGUGGGCUCGAUCACGCUCGUGAAAUCGCGUUCGCAAACGUUUCUCGAUAUUCUCAACAAACGGCCGGCCCAGUACCGUGUGAACUUUCCCUUCACGAACAUCUACCCCCAUGUGCUGGCUAUCAGCGUGAACGGACAAGCGAUCUGUACCGGACAAAAAGUUAAGGGCCCGAUCGUCACAACCAUCAAUCUGGAGCACACGCUGUACACACAGGUGCAGCAGCUAUCGAACGGCAACCCGAACGGUAACUCUCCCAACCAAUACCGACCGGAGCAGCCACCGAUUGUCAGCCAGGAACGGAUACAGUUGCCGGAUCAGCAGUUUAACACCCCGCCGGCGCCGGCUAUCAUCUACCAGCAACAAUUCACAACCCAGCGACCGCCGUUCGUGUAUCAACCACAGCAGCAACAACCGUCCCUGUAUCGACCACAACAAACAUCGGGAGAAUCGCUGGAAUCUGUUUGUGGUUCGGUCGGUCCACUAGCUAGCCGACUGUCCAUCAAUGGGAUCCGCUCGAGCAAGGGUCAGUUUCCUUGGGCUGCGCCGAUCUUCAACACCGCCGAGCAACCAAAACCACAGUACAUCUGUGGCAGCAGCCUCAUCACUAGCCAGCACGUGGUAACGGCGGCCCACUGUAUGCACUAUCCGGACGGGACGAAGCGACGAAACUCGCAGCUUUCCGUCAUACCGGGCAUGUACAAUAUCGACAGCUUCUUCGAUAGCGCCAACCAGGACCGGGGUGUGGUGCAGAUCGUCAUGCACUCCGAUUACUUCUUCGAGGAUACCGAAGCGACUGAUUCGGAUAUCGCCGUACUGAAGCUCGACGCGCCCGUCACCUUCAACGAUCUGGUGCGUCCGAUCUGUAUCUGGAGUUGGAGCGACAAUCUCGAACAGAUUGUCGGAGAGAAUGGUUUCGUGUCCGGGUGGGGCAUCACGGAGUCGGGAAACUCCAAGUUCCCAAGCUUUGUCACGGCCACCGUUGUCGAUAAGCGUGAUUGUUCGCGCCAGCUCGGUCGAUUUGUGCCACCGAAGGCCCGAACGUUCUGUGCUGAUGGACACGGGGCCGUUCCGUGCAACGGUGACUCCGGUAGUGGGUUGGCGUUUAAGCGUGGCACACGCUACUAUCUCCGGGGUAUCGUUUCGACCGGGCAACGGGAUAUGAUCACACUGCUGUGCGAUACUAAGAAGUAUGUCGUGUACACCGAUGUGGCACCGUUCCGGUCCUGCGGUACGGUCGCUAGUUUUGGAAAUCGACUCUCGAUCAACGGUAUUCGCUCGGCAAAGGGACAAUUCCCGUGGGCAGCACCACUUUUCAAUACUAUUGUGUCCACCAAGCCUAAGUACAUAUGCGGUACCAGCAUAAUCACCCGGCGUCAUUUCUUAACGGCAGCCCACUGUGUAUACUACGAAAACGGUAGACAACGUCCACCGAACCACUUUGUGGUCGUCCCAGGGAUGUACAAUGUCGAUAGUUUCUUCGAUGGGGACAACCAGCUGCGGGAUCUGUCCCGGAUAUUCGUUCACGAGGAUUACUACCACGAGGACGAUAUGUUAACCGAUUCCGAUAUUGCCGUGCUGGCCGUUUCACAGCCGAUUGUGUACAACGAUCUGGUGCGUCCGAUAUGUGUUUGGAGAGAAAAUAGUAACAUUGGGCAGAUGGUAGGCAGCACCGGAAUUGUUUCGGGCUGGGGCUACACAGAAUCGGGAGAUGCUUCCUAUCCGAGCUACGUGUCGGCGGUGGUUCUUGGAUACCGAGAAUGUACCCGUGCCUUGUACUAUCUGUUCUCAUCAACAUCGCGAUCGUUCUGUGCCGAUGGAAAGGGUUCAGUGCCCUGUCACGGUGAUUCUGGAAGUGGGCUGGUGUUCAAGCGAGGAUCGCAAUUUUUUAUCCGUGGCAUCGUGUCGAUUGGGCAGCGUGAUCCUAACACGCUACAUUGCGAUGCAACCAAGUACGUCAUCUAUACCGAUGUGGCUGCAUUCUACGAAUGGAUAGUAAGAGUGUUACAAUCAUAA